AUGGAUCGCCAAUGUGAACAGUCAGUGCCAGCAGCCCUUCAUCGUGAAGCCAAUGAUACGGACAUAGCCGAUACUCCUAAUGAAUCUGUAGUUGUAACCUCGGAUGAGAAAUCCAUUGUAAAAACACUUAGGAGAUCGGGAAGGAUUCGACAACGACGUGCAGAAGAAACAGCAGAAAAGAGAAGGCAACGACUGCAGAGUGAUGCUGCGAGACAUCGUUCACAGUAUGAACAACAGUCAGAAGAAAAGAAGCAAGAAAGGCGACGACGUGGACAAGAAACUGAUGGUGAACGACCACUUAGCGAUGAGCUUCCAGCCGAAAAUUAUAAAGGGAAAAUGGAUAUUACCUGUCAACACUGCAGUGCCAAACACUUCCAGGAUGAAUGCACAUCCGACAGACACAAUGAGUUUAAGCAGUGCUGUCAUUACGGAACUGCUGAACUUCCUGAGCUUCGUCCAUAUCCAGAUGAAAUUAAAGUUCUUCUACAAGGCACCGAUUUUGAAUCGAGAAAUUUUCGAGAAAACAUCAGAAGUUACAAUAGUGCGUUUGCAUUCGUAUCUAUGGGAGCUCAAAUUGAUUUACCAAGAGGUUUUGGACCUUAUUGUUUUCGCAUUCAUGGACAAAUCUAUCAUCGGAUUGGUGCACUACAUCCCGACCCUGAUCAGAGAGCUCAAUUUGGACAACUUUACAUUUUAGGUUCAUCGUUAGCUUUACAAGAACGAAUGGGAAACGUUGCCAAUGAAAAUUGCAAUGAAACAACAAUGGACAGUGUUAGUCCCUUUGCUGAUGCGUUCAAGAUGAUGUAUGAAGUUGAACAAGAAGAAAUUGAUCGAGCCAAGAGAGAAAAACGUGCAUCAUCUCCACUUCGGAUGAUUUUUGAUAUUAAUCAUGGAAAUCAUGAUCGUCGACCAUAUAAUCUUCCAAGAGCAAACGAAGUUGCUGCAGUUUUCGUAGGCGAAGAUGGAGAAGUUCCAACUUAUCGUCAUAUUGCUAUUCAUCCACGUGGUCGAGAUGUUCAGACUAUUUCAAUCCUACAUCCACACUGUGAUCCAAUGACUUAUCCUCUUCUAUUUCCUCGAGGAGAUGAAGGAUGGCAUCCAGAAUUAGAGAAAACCGAUCAAUCACGACGCUGA